CCUGAUUCGUGCAUGCGCAAUACCGGGCCGGUGCUGGCAGGAAAGAUGGCGGCGGCGGGAGGAGUCCGGGGUUGAGAGAGCGGCCCGGGGAACGGGGACAUGGCGAGAUUGGCAGAUUACUUCCUGCUGGUGGGAUAUGACCUGAACAAGAGAGGCAGCGGCAUUGGACAGGGCAAGAUUCUGCAGAGGUUCCCUGAAAAAGAUUGGGAAGAUAACCCCUUUCCCCAGGGUAUUGAGCUGUUUUGUCAGCCCAGUGGAUGGCAGCUAUGCGCAGAGAAGAACGCGCCAACAUUCUUCAUCGCUGUUCUAACGGACAUCAAUUCAGAACGUCAUUACUGUAGCUGCUUCACCUUCUGGGAGGAGUGUGCACCGAAUCUUAUUGAUCAGAGGGAUGGAGAAGCAGAAGAAGGUUUCCCCUUACCAUCUACAACUCAACUGUAUGCUCCUAAGACUUUGGUGCUUGUAUCACGUCUGGACCAUCCGGAGGUCUUCAGGGAUUCCCUGGGCCUGAUUUAUACCAUUCAUACAGACAAAUUGAGCGUGUCUCUGGAGAAUGUUGUUGGAAAUUUGCUAACCUGCAUUGUCCCUGUCGCUGGAGGGUCCCAGUCUGACCUGGAGCAGGAUGGUAUGAGAACGAUAUCACUGGGAGCCGGAGAUCGUCAAGUGAUCCAAACCCCAAUAUGUGACUCUCUUCCAAUCAGUAACUGCAGCGUGGCCCUGUUAUUUCGACAGCUUGGCAUCACCAACGUAUUGUGCCUCUUUUGUGCGGCUCUCACUGAGCAUAAGAUCUUAUUUCUUUCCCGGAGUUACCAACGCUUGACAGAAGGCUGCAGAGCCCUUCUGGCUAUAAUGUUCCCUCUUAGAUACAGUUUCACAUAUGUACCAAUUCUACCUGCUCAGCUUCUUGAAGUCCUCAGCACCCCCACACCAUUCAUCAUUGGAGUGAGUGCUCUCUUCCGGUCAGAGACGCUAGACCUGCUCGAUGUGGUGAUUGCAGAUUUAGACGGUGGCACUGUAACAAUCCCAGAAUGUGUUCAGCUUCCUUUGUUGCCUGAGCCAUUGCUCCAUUACACACACGAGGCCUUGUCACGGGUCCUAGAUCCUGCUCUUCAGAUAGCUGAUUUGGCAUUCCCUCCCUCUUCCAUCACGGCGUCCACUCUUCGAAUGCAGGAUAUGGAAGUACGUGCAGUGUUCCUUCGUCUCUUUGCUCAGAUCUUGCAAGGAUAUCGCUGUUGUCUGCAGUUGAUCAGAGUACAUCCAGAGCCAGUUAUACGAUUUCACAAGUCCUCAUUUUUAGGUCAGCGCGGAUUAGUCGAAGAUGACUUUCUGACCAAGGUUCUGGAGGGCAUGGCUUUUGCUGGAUUUGUCACCGAGAGAGGUCCUCCAUACAGAUCAACUGAUUUAUUUGAUGAGCUGGUUGCGUAUGAUGUCAGGAAACUUCAGUACGAGGAGGGAAGUCAGAAAUAUCUCAUGAAGUAUAUUCGGGACUUGGCCGAGAAGCUCUAUCGAAAUGAAAACCCUUACCCAGCUGUCAGCAUGCAUAAAGUACAACGGCCAGCAGAGGGUAGUCAUUUACGACCCCAGAACAAGCCUUUCCCUCUGCUGGAUGAAAGCAGUAUACAGUGGAUCUUGGACCAGGCUGCUGCCAAAAUGCAGAAUGCACCCCCAGCUGUUAAAGCCGAAAAGAAAUGCAUGGUGCCUCCAGGACCACCUAUUGAAGCAAUAGUGGAUCGAAAUGGCAGUGCUCUGGCUAAUAGCAACCGGCGGCUAGAAGUUGUGAGAAACUGUAUUUCCUACAUCUUUGAGAACAAAAUGCUUGAUGCCAAGAAGUUGCACCCGGCAGUACUUCGGGCAUUAAAGGGACGAGCAGCUAGACAGUGUUUGACACAGGAGCUUAAUCUUCAUGUACAGCAGAAUCGAGCAGUGUUGGAUCACCAACAGUUUGAUUUUGUUGUGCGUCUGAUGAACUGCUGUUUACAGGAUUGCACUCCUCUUGAUGAGCAUUAUAUAGCUGCUGCUCUUUUACCUCUCGUAACGGCAUUCUGCAGGAAAUUGAGCCCUGGCAUCACACAGUUUGCUUACAGUUGUGUGCAGGAGCAUCUUGUCUGGACCAACAUGCAGUUCUGGGAAUCCAUGUUUUAUGAGGAUGUCCAAAACCACAUUCGCUCCCUUUAUCUAAGUUUUGAAGAGCCUUCGUUGAACUCGGAUGAAGUGGAACAAGAAGAACGGUCUGCACUGGAGCUGGCUGCAGAGCAAUGUCGGUUGUGGCCAACACUCCCACGUGAAAAACAGCUAGAGCUAAUCCAGAAGGAGGAGAGCACAGUAUUUAGCCAGGCCAUCCACUAUGCCAAUCGUAUGAGCUACCUACUACUACCAUUGGAUACUUCUAAAAAUCGUCUUCUACGAGGGGGAGCAGGCUUCGGCGAUACUGAAAGUGUGUCCAACAGCUUCAUUACCAACAGCAUGGCAGGCAGUGUUGCGGAAAGUGCAGACACAGAAAGUGGGUUUGAAGAGUCAGAAAGUUCAGACGUGGCAAAUUGUGUGGUCAGAUUUAUCACACGGUUUGUGGACAAAGUAUGUACAGAGAGUGGUGUCACAUCAGAUCAUUUGAAAGGCCUUCACACCAUGAUUCCUGAUAUUGUUCAGAUGCACAUAGAGACGUUGGAUGCAGUACACCGAGAGAGUAAGAGGCUUCCACCUAUUCAGAAGCCCAAACUCUUGCGGCCCACAUUGCUAGUUGGUGAGGACUUGCUAAUGGAGGGCCUCAGAGUUUACUUACUGCCAGAUGGAAGAGAGGAGGCCUCGGGUGGCAGUCUUGGAGGUCCACCGCUGCUACCUGCCGAAGGGGCUCUGUUCCUCACUACUUACCGCUGCAUCUUCAAGGGUACUCCAGUUGAUCCUUUAGUGUCAGAACAGACGGUAGUGCGGUCCUUUCCUAUUGCUUCUCUGACUAAGGAAAAGAAAAUCAGUGUUCCAGCUCAUUUGGACCAGUAUGUGCAAGAAGGACUUCAGCUACGCUCAUGUACUUUUCAGCUCUUGCGAGUGGCAUUUGAUGAGGAGGUUCCAUCUGAAGUGUCUGAGGGUUUCCGCAAGCAACUUCACAAGCUUAGGUAUCCUCAGGAUGUCCUUGGGACUUUUCCAUUGAAUGUUGGUCUCGCUCUCCCACAUGCUUCCCAACCCAGGACCAAGGACAAGAACCCCUCCAUCAAGACGUUAUCUAAGAACCUUGUGAAGAAUGCCAAAAAGACAAUUGGCAGGCAGUAUGUGACACGCAGGAAGUACAGCCCUCCAUCCUGGGAUCUCCGGAGUAGUCAGAACUCUUUGGAACAGCAGAGUGAUGACAUUUCUGUGUCUGAGGAUAUGGAAAGAAGUACACUGACAAUUUCCACACUGAAGGCUCCUGACAAACAGGCAGGGGGUAAUCUGGCAGAGAGAGCGUGCUGCCGUGACUACCAGAGAAUGGGGCUCGGUACGCUGAGUAACAGCUUGACUCGUGCUAAAAAUGAACCAUUUAGAAUUUCAACUGUAAAUCGCAUGUAUGCAGUUUGUAACAGCUACCCAGGAUUACUUAUAGUGCCACAGACUAUCCAGGACAACACGCUACAGAAGAUAUCCCGCUGCUACAGGCAAAAUAGAUUUCCAGUAGUGUGUUGGCGCAGUCCUCGGACCAAAGCCGUUCUGCUACGUUCAGGGGGGCUUCACGGCAAAGGUGUAGUUGGACUCUUCAAAUCUACCAAUACCACUGCCACUGGCCAAUCUCAGACUGACUCUACUUCUUUGGAGCAAGAGAAGUACCUCCAAGCCAUAGUGACCUCGAUGCCUCGCUUUGCAGAAAUGAGUGGGCGCAACACUCUCAGUGCAUUCCCAUCCACACAUCACUAUGAUUCUCCUGACAAACGUCAACCCAAACUGGGUUCUCUGAUGAAGCAGGUGAUGGGAGGGAAGGAGGACGUUCGAGGAGGUUAUUCUGUACGGGGUAUUAAGCACCCCGCAGUGAAGCGAAGUUAUGCUGAGCAAGGUAAAUGGGGCAGCAUGCGUGGCACUGGGAGACUUAGUGCCUAUGGUAUGAGCGCAGAUGUAGGCACACGAUUGGCUGCAAGAGAGCUUUUGACCCCCCAUCAAAAUGGAGGACCCUCAGAGAGUGCAUUGACCCCACGCAGAGCUGCGCUGUACAUCAUAGGUGACAAGUCACAGCUCAAAGGAGUAAAGCAAGACCCACUUCAGCAGUGGGAACUGGUCCCCAUUGAGCUUUUUGAUGUGAGACAAGUGAAGGCCAGUUUUAAAAAAUUGAUGAAAGCCUGUGUACCUAGUGCCCCCUCGACAGACCCCAACCUGUCGUACCUGCGCACACUGGAAGACUCCGAAUGGCUUUUACAGAUUCACAAGCUCCUUCAGGUCUCUGUGCUGGUUGUAGAGUUACUAGACAGCGGAUCUUCUGUUCUGGUUGGAUUGGAAGAUGGGUGGGAUCUCACUACACAGGUGGUGUCCCUAGUCCAACUGCUGUCUGACCCAUAUUACCGGACUAUUGAGGGUUUUCGGCUACUCUUGGAGAAGGAAUGGCUUUCAUUUGGUCACAGAUUCAGCCAUCGAGGUGCACAUACUGCAGCCAGUCAGAGCAAUGGUUUCACUCCUGUUUUUCUGCAGUUUCUGGACUGUGUGCAUCAGAUCCAUUUGCAGUUCCCCUCUGAGUUUGAGUUCAGUCAGUAUUAUCUGAAGUUUCUGGCAUACCACUACGUGUCAAACCGCUUCCGCACCUUCUUGUUGGAUUCGGACUGUGAAAGAAUAGAGAAAGGCAUUCUCUAUGAGGAGAAGGGCGAUCGAAGGGGCCCCCAAGUAUGCAGAUCAGUAUGGGAUUAUAUGGAACGGCUGAAUAAGAAGAAUCCAGUAUUUUACAACUAUAUGUUCAGCCCUGAAGAUGGAGAAGUGCUGCGUCCAUACAGCUCAGUGUGGGGUCUUCGCGUAUGGGAUUAUUAUACUCAUGAGGCAAUGAGUGAAGGGCCUUCGUAUGACUGGGAGCUUCUACAGGGACCCCGGCAUAUAGAACCCGAGAAAACGGACAGUUCAGCCCCACAGACCAAACGCAAGAUUAUUUGGCCUUCGUAUCAUGCACCGCAGCGUGUUCAGCCCGAUGCCAUCACAUGCUUAUUAGAGGAGUUGCAGAAUUUGGAGAUGGAUUUGCGGCCUGUACCAGAGCGCUGGAAAGAUACCUGGGAUAAGGUCAAAGCUGUCCACAGGACAGAAGUUCGACACGAAAGUCGAAAAUCAAGCGCUCUUUUAAUGUCAUCAAAUGUGUCCUCUCAGCGCCAGUCAUUGGGAAUAUAUCUCCAGGAAAGUGGUGUGGGAUCUACGCUGAACCUAAGCUUAGAAAGUGGUCCAAGCACAACGAGUACGCCUACCAGUGCAGGGAAAAUGGGAGCUCGCAACAGUACUAGCACCUUAUACAAUCAGUUCAACACUGCAGAGAGAGAAAACAGGUCAUAUGAAGGGACUUUGUAUAAGCGAGGGGCUUUUAUGAAACCUUGGAAACCACGUUGGUUUGUGUUGGACAAGACAAAACAUCAGCUGCGCUAUUAUGAGAGCCGUACAGACACUGAAUGUAAAGGGGAGAUAGACUUGGCGGAGGUGGAGUCUAUCUAUACUGGUACCCCAACACUGGGUGCUCCCAAAAAUGUGGAUGAAAGGUCAUUUUUUGAUGUGAAAACAACCCGGCGGGUUUAUAAUUUCUGUGCCACAGACCCUUUGCUGGCCCAGCAGUGGAUUGACAGGAUCCAGAACUGCCUGUCCGAUGCGUGAGGCUUCAGUAGUAGUAUCAUCCAAAGACGUCAGGAUGUCACUGAAGUAUUAGUAACUCUGGAGUACCACAUGGCAGCUUAAACUGAACUGAUCACCGGUGUCAAGUGGGUGUUUCCAGAGAAAGAACACCUUGGCCCCUUUAUACGUUUUCAGCAUCCAAUGAGUCCUUUUGAAGUCGUCAUAGAGCAACAUGCAGACUAUGGCUUACGGUUCUUCUGAAAAAGAAAAGAUUUGUAGACACUGUAACUGGCAACAAACGAUUCAGCCAAAGUAUGCAGCGUUGUGCUUGGUAUUUCCUGAGAACAGCUGUCAGCUCAGUGGCCCGGUGCCCUUUUAAAUUAAAAGAAGAGAAGAAAUGUCCUUAGUUGAUGGGUGCCAACACUUAGGCUUUUUUAUUCAUGGUUCCCAACGAAAGUGAUUUGUAAUCCUGGAAACUAUUUGCAUCUGGUUAGUCUCUUGAAUGUUUACCUGUUGCUUAUAUUUGGUUCAGCAAUCUUUUUCAAUCUUAACUUAUUUUGAAAUGAUAAAUAGCUAGACAGCAGACCUACACAUCCAUGUAACAAGCCCUACAGGUAGAAGAGUUCAGCAUAAAAUGCAUCUCUGGUUACUUUUUAGUAAAACAACCUUGACACCAUCAUAUUUUUUUAUUUUUUUUUCCAUGGAGAUCCAUUAAUUCUUAAAAGAAGAUGUCAUUUGGCUGUAAUGGGGCUACACCAAAGGGAUGGACAUUUGCACAAAGGAUUUUUAUUGUCCAGUCCUCACGCACUGGCCCCAGGAGGGUUGGAGCUUGAACUCUGAAGACUGUCACUUAGGAAACCAGGUGAAAACCACUAAGGAUUUUAUUACUACUUGUAUGUAAUAGGAUUUUGCUUGCUUAUUUCUUCCUGAUGUAUAGAUUGUGAAAAAAAAAAAAGGGAGGAAAUGUUAUGUAAAACAGUUUCACAAAAUAAUAUAAAUAUUCAGAAACUUCUGUUCAUGAGCCCCAAGGACUUCAGGACCACGUCGAUUGUCACCAGGACUGUGAACUAUGGAAGAUCGAAGCAGGGACAUCAUCUUGUGUUUACUAUGUGUGCCACUUGGAUUAACAGGAACAUUGUUAAACCGUUAAUGGUAUUUUAACUCUGUGGUUAUUGUACUUCAUUUAAUAAUAAUUAUUAUUGUAUAUUGCUGUAUAUAGAGGAACGUCCAAAGCAGCAUGAUACUGAAGGAGAGGUUGGCUGGGAAGGGAAUACUGAGGAUUUUUAACUCUUUCACUGCAAAAAAUACGAUCUUAUUCUGUUAUGUAGCCCCGGUUCUUCAUUCACUGUACACUAACUCAGCCAAUUAUGAUUCAUAAGCCAUCUAUUAAAUCCUGUUUCUGUUACACAUAGAGAUAUGUAUCUGGGCAUUAUUGAAACCGUUUUGUUUCCUCAAAUAUAAGCCAGUCAUUGAGGGGAAGGAAAAAUUCAAGUAUAAAAAUCACUAUAUAGACUUGAGGGUGAAGAUGUAAGAGGGGACACAAUGCGACGGCAGUAUUUCUGGAAAAGCACUGAAAAAUAACUUCUGCAUGCCAAAAUUAUCAGGUAAACCCACCUAACUGCUAUUGUUCCCACCCCACAAACUAGUUUUGGAAAAUUCGGUAAUCUAAAGGAUGAACUGAUUAGUACAACGUAUGUAUAACUAGUCCAUUUUAUUAUAGGGAGCUAUGCCAAAAGAUGGACAACUGUGUAAGAGCGAGUGUGAGGGACAGUUAUCAGCUAUGCAGAAAUAGUUUAGUGAUUAAACAGAAAAUUUAACUUGCUGAAAUGCAUCCGAC